CGGACCGUUUCUGUUAUAAUUAGCAACUGAAAUGUUGACUUUUGUGCUUAUAAAAUUGGUAUAUAUAUAUCUAUUUUUGGGCAUGUUCAUUAUUAAAUUUAACUCUUACAUCUGCAAUUUUUCAGUAUCGAUUAUAUGUUAACUGCAUCUGUUACUCCCACUACAUAAACGCGUGUGAGUAAACAUAUUUUCUCUACUUUAACUGCCGCGUAUUCAUAUUAAUAGACGUUUCUUCAAACUAUUUUUGCAUAAUCAUCGCCAUUUUUCAUUCUUGCUUUUUGUAUUUCACUUUCUUCCUUAAUUCUAACGCGCACGUAACGUUAAGAAAAUCGAGCCUUUCCGUCACGAAAUUCCAGAAGAAAACUGCCAAAUCCACUCUACGAACUCGGAAGUCGUAGGUAAAAUGGCGGAAAUUCAAAAAAAGAAAUUGGAGCGAUUCUAUUGGUCUUCCCCCCAGUGAAAUCGAUGACGAAAUGGGUAAUGCGAAAAUUUGAAUUUGGAGUCUUUGUGAUUGGUUUGUUUCGAAAACCAUUGCACUGUGGUCAGGAAGAAGCCAUUAAUAUUGAUAAAGAACUAUUCAAUGAAUAUUGCUACAGCGUCGACCAGUUGAUGGAAUUGGCGGGAUUGAGUGUUGCUACAGCAAUUGCAAAAACUUACCCUCGUUCAAACAUGGGCAAAGGUGGCACGGUGUUGAUAUGUUGCGGACCGGGUAAUAAUGGAGGUGACGGACUCGUCUGUGCCAGACACUUAAAGAUGUUUGGAUACGAACCAUCAGUAUUUUAUCCCAAACAAACAAACAAACAGUUAUUCAAGAAUUUGACCAAGCAGUGUGAAGAAAUGGAGAUUCCCUUUCUUUCCUUUCUUCCCGAUUCACAGCUGAUCACAGAUUCGUACAAUCUCGUGGUGGAUGCAUUGUUCGGCUUCAGUUUCAAACCACCCGUGAGACCCGACUUUGUCGACGUCAUUGACAAACUGAUGAAGAUUCAUAUACCAUUAUGUAGCAUCGAUAUACCUUCAGGUUGGGACAUAGAAAAUGGCGAUCCAAAUGGACUCCAGCCGGAGUUUUUGAUUUCUCUAACAGCUCCCAAAAAGUGUGCCAAAUUAUUCAAAGGGAAGUAUCAUUGGCUGGGUGGUCGGUUCGUUCCUCCCGGACUUUCCAGCAAGUACGAACUGAACUUGCCUCUGUAUCCCGGAACCGAAUGUUGUGUUCAGCUUCCGCUUCCGUCAUCUUGAGGAUCCAAAUUACGGGUCUGAGAUGUAACUGUACACUUAAAACUGUUUUUACAAUUUAUUGUUACAGUUCACGACGGAUGGCAAAAAUCAAAGAGAGAGAAAUUACAUUUUGAGUAUAUAAAAUUUAGAAUUAAGAUUAUUCGAAUGAAUUAUACUCAGAAGUAGUAUGCAGUAUCAUUGUUACCUAUAAAAAAAUCACAAAAAAAAAGUUUAUAUAUAUAUGAAAAGUGCAUUUAAAACUAAAAUGCUAUGGCAAUUUUCUGUUUCCAAAAUUGAUAUUUCAUCUUCAUCCGAAUAUUGCAAAUUCUUGAUAUUUGUGCCUUCUUUCUCUGCUAUUUGUCAUUGUCAUAUAUUAAAUAUAUUCAUGACAAUUUAAAGAACAACUGUAGAUUAAACAUAAAUUAAUUUUUGGAAAGAAAUUAAUAAAUUAUACAACAACAACUUUUUUAAACACGUUACACCCUCUUACAAAGAUAACAGUAUUUUAAAAUCAAUAUAUUGAUUAUUGUUCUUAAAGUUGAGUAAAUUUGUUUAACAUGUUUAAAAUAACAGUUUUAUUGGCCAUUGUGUUAACCGUAUUUUGUGUUUGUAUCACUUAUUAUUGAGAGAGGAAAGAAGUGUCAUCGUUAAUUUAUUGAAUUUUCCGAUGUGUUUGAAUUUUGCACUCUGUUAAGUUAAUCGAAGGAUUUUGCAGAGUUGUAAAUAUUUUAUUUAACAAUUAUUGAACUUAAGUUUUGAGUUUUAACUUAAGUCAAAUGAUUAAUAGCAAUUGUAAAUUUGUUGUUUCUUUAUUUUUAAAACUAUUUAAAUGGAUUAUAAAUCUUAAUAUUUGAAAAAUAAAUUUUGAUAAGGAGAAUUAUUUACUUUAACUUUUUAUUACAAAAUGUUUUCUUUCGAAAUAUCAAAUAAUUUAGAAGGAAAUAUGACCAGAAUUAUGAACUAAUAUGGUUUUAAAACUGAUACUUCUGGCACUUAAAUAAAAAAAAAUGUUUUUUAAAUCAAAUCACACCAACUUAAUGUAUUUGAUUCCAUCUAACUAGAAGCUUAGAUAAAGGCAGAUACUAUACUGCAGCAGAUUUCAACCUGAGCAGAAAAUAUAAGGUGAGCAAUGUUUUUAAUGAUUAAAACAUUUAACUGGCAUAGACAAUGGUCUAAACCAGAGGUUCUCAACCUUUACUUCUUGUCAGCCCUAUCCAAUAUUGUAUUUAAGCAAGCUAUCCUGUUUUAUACUGGUACAAAGAUAAUAGGAAUUAAUAAAAUGUUUUCAUUGAACAUAAAUCAAAAUUCAAAUCUGUAUUGCUCACUAAAAUAUAAAGAUAUA